AAAUAAGAAUGCUUUGAAUUCGCACAAUAUAAGAACCCUUUAAAGUUUAAACCCUAAACCAGUUCAAUUUCUUCUGACCUUCCCUCGCCGAUCAACAAUGGAUGCUCAGCCCGAACCAGUCAACUACAUCUGUGGAGAUUGUGGGCAAGAGAAUACGCUGAAGCAAGGCGAUGUGAUUCAGUGCCGCGAAUGUGGCUAUCGCAUUCUCUACAAGAAACGCACCCGCCGCAUUGUCCAGUACGAAGCUCGCUGAAGCUGCUUCCCGAGCAACGCAUGGUGAUGGUCUACAUUCUGUGAUACCUAAAACUUGUUAUGAUAAUUCAACAUGUUGCUGAUGACUUCUCUUUCAGAAAUGAGUUUGAUAUCACUGCUUUGUGUUUAGGAUCUGUAAGCUAAAUACUCUGUUAUCAGCAACCUACCUACUUGUUUGGUCUAUGUUGGGAUUGUUCAUCAUUAUACAGUUGCUUCUAUUUGUUCA